AUGGGAGGAUUUUACAUGCAGUACCUUGAGAGUCUUUGCCGGCGCCGAGGAUGGAGGGAUCCUUCGUACGAGUGCUACCGUGAUCCCAGUGGCUACACGUGCCUCGUUCUUGUCAACGGCCGUGAGUACCAGACGGACCUCGCCUACGAAUCGGAUUCGUUGGCGCAAGAAAACGCGGCCAUGCGUGCCUUCAUGGUGUGUCGUAACUUCUCCGUCAACGGCGGCAUGCUUGCCCGCAACGGAAUCGUCCAGGGGCUGCCCGCCACCGAGACCAGCGGCACCGCCCGCCGGUCCAAGAAGAGCAGUCGCCACACGUCUUCGAGUCACGGCUCCAGGGACAGCCACCGCCGAUCUGGGCACCACUCCAGCAGUUCUUCCACGGCUUCGUUCGACUGA